UAUAACUUUCGAUUCGGCUUUCCUUCGCACUCGUUAAUCAACUAACAAUUCAUGUUUACUUUGAGAACGAAUUGAUUUUUGCACGAUAUGAAUUACAAAUAAUAUUUCCCGAUUUUACAACAGGCCCGUGUCGUCGAUUCAAGUCGAUUCGUGGCAAAGAGAUCCUAGCGCGCGCAAGUAGGCCCCCCUUCUUUCCAGAGCCCGGUCGGGGGGCCCCUAUGUGCACCUGUACAGGUUGAGAGGUGUUGUGUUUUCACCUGGCAGUUCAACCUACAAUCGCGAGCAGGAACGUUCCGCGGACGAGAUCAUCCGCUGUCUCAUUCGAAGAGAGUUCUCGGCAAAAAAAUCAAGUCACUAUAUUCAUGAUCAAAUUUUCAAUCAUCAUUAUUCGUUGUCUAGAUUGAAUAAUUUACGUUGUCUAGACUUUGAAUAAUUACAAGCGCAAAAUACUUUUACAAAUGAAAAAUUUCACAUUGGCAACAUUCUAAACGCUGUUGAACGUAUGACUUUUUUCAAUGAGGAAUCAAUUUGAGUUGUUAGAAAUGAACGAAGAGAAUCAUUGAGACUUCAAAAGAUACUUCUUUUUGGAAAGCAUAAAACAGUGAAAACAGUGAAGACAGUGAAGUGAUGAAAUAGAAGCUAGGUCUUUUGUGACUAAAGUUAAAAUAGCAACAUACAGAAAAUGAUUUAUUAUAAUUUUAAAAAUAGAUUUCAGAAAUUGACAUUCGAUAUUAAGAAAUCAGUCAAAGGUAAAAAAUGGAGGACAAUAAGAAGAUUUUGUUACAAAUUGAUUAACUUUUAUUAAAAUUAUUUUCUAUAAUAAAACGUAACCUUGAAAUAACAUACAUUUUUAUAAAACAAUCUGGCAACAGAAAUUAAGAAAUACUAUGUGAAUAAAUAUGUAACGCAAAGUAUCUUUGUAAUAAGGAUCAAAUCUAAUAAUAUACAAUAAUUAAAAAGGAAAUUAUUAUAUAAUAAUGUUGUAAUUUAUUCAACUAAUCUAACUUUAUAGUUACAAAACUUUUACAAUCUUGAUUAAAGAUUAAAUUUCUUUAUAAAUUGACGCUACAUAAAAGUGUAACACUAUUUUUAAGUGUUAUUAAACACGUAGUGUUUAAAAUAUUGCUGAAAAUAACAAAAAAAAGCUAGUGCAAAGUUCAACGUAGUUUCUUUAAAUAAAAUUAUAUAACUAAAUACUUAAUCAAAUAUUUUAAUUAUAUUUCAAUUUUUGUAAUAAAUACAUAAAAUGUAAAAAUCAAAAUUUGGACAAAAUUGCAAUUAAAGAACUUGACUUCUAUUUGAUCUUUAAUUCGUAAUAUUAUAGUUUCCAUCUACUAUAAAGCGAAAGACAGCUAAAGUGACAAAUGACCGCGAGUAUUAAAGAAGGACCACAAAUUUAUUUUAUUCGCUCACAAAGAUUAUUUCAAAAGAAAAAAGCUUCAACGAUACAUAUAACUUCCGCAAUCCACAAGCAAAACCUAGUAGAGGAAUCGAAUGUUAUCUUUGCAAUCUCAGAGCAAGAUGUAAUCUAAAUUAGUGUAUUCCAAGUGUCGAGCUUAAACUCUAUAGGCGCAGUGUAAUUCUAUGGUAUGACUGUCGGCAAAUAUUAGUAAAUCUUGUGCUUACGAAGUAAGGAACUAUCGAACUAUCGAACGGAUACCCAACACGAGACAUUUUGGUUCCGAGUUCAAAAGAAGACACUUAUUUUGAAGAAGAAAUUAACGAAAUUCAAAAUGGACAUUAUGUUGGAGAAAAUGGGAAAACUAAAUCUGAGGAUUCCAAACUGUCCUGUGAAAACUUCACAGCCUCUGAAGGAAUUUGUCGGUCGGUGUCAAGCUAUGCCAUCACGUGUAAAGAAAUCGUUUUGUGGCUGCCUUCAGGAUGACGAACCACCAGAAAUCACGUAUUGCGUUGUGGAGCACACGGGUACACUCACGCUACAAGCAAUGACACCGACUUUGCCAAUGCCAGCUGAAGAGGAGCUGAAUAAAAUGUUUCUCGAGCUUGUCGACGAACUGGACCUGACCCAGACCAAUCGGCAAGCAGUUUUAGCACUUCCAGCCAAUAAAAAGUGGCAGAUAUAUUGCUCCAGAAAAGGUAAUGGCACUUUGGAUAAUGGAGGCUUACGUACCACUGAUCUUAGCGGCGAUCCCGAGGACUAUAUCAAUCGAUUGAAGACGAUAGCGAAUAAUUCUUUCCCAGAGGAAGAUGAGGAGAUAUCAAAUCAAAUGCGUCAAGCAGAAGCUCUAAAGACUGCCCUGAGGACGCAGCCGCAUAGCUUCGUUCUCAGAUUUAUAGAAUUAGAUGGCUUAAAUGCUUUACUACAAGUACUAGGAACUAUGGAUAUUGAGGCAGCUAACAGUAACCUUCACACCAGCGUUAUAGGAUGUUUGAAGGCUUUAAUGAAUAAUUCGAAUGGUAGAGCGCACGUGUUGGCGCAUCCAACAGCAAUCAAUACGAUAUCACAGUCGCUCGCGUUUGAGAAUAUUAAGACAAAAAUCUCUGUACUAGAGAUUCUCGGUGCAGUUUGUCUAGUACCAGGCGGUCACCGCAAAGUUCUAGAAGCCAUGUUGCACUUCCAACAGUAUCAUUCCGAGAGAACGCGCUUCCAGUGUAUAAUCAAUGAUCUUGACAAAAACUUUGGUAUCUAUAAAGACAAUCUGUCCCUAAAAACAGCGAUCAUGUCAUUUAUCAAUGCCGUCCUAAACUACGGGCCUGGCCAGGUGACACUAGAGUUUAGGCUGCACCUGAGAUACGAGUUACUGAUGCUCGGCAUCCAACCUAUUAUCGAGAAAUUGAGAAAAUACGAGAAUGAGACACUCGAUAGGCAUCUCGAUUUUUUUGAGAUGGUACGAAACGAAGACGAAAAGGAGCUCGCGAGGAAGUUCGAAAAAGAGCAUGUAGAUACAAAAAGUGCUAGCGCCAUGUUCGAUCUUUUAAGACGAAAACUCAGCCAUACUGCUGCUUAUCCUCAUCUUCUUAGCUUACUUGAACACUGCCUUUUAUUGCCACUGGAUUAUGGUUCGCAUCCUCAACAUUGGUUAUUGUUCGAUCGAAUCGUUCAGCAGAUCGUUUUACAAUCCGAAAGUAACGAAACGGGAUUAGUAAGAAACCCCGAUGUAGCACCAAUUGAAAUAAACGUGAAAGAGAUCGUUCAUCUUCUCGCAAAGGAAGAGGAACUUGUGGCAGCGAGAAAGAAAGCCGAAGAGAUGGAACGCGAAAAUUUGGACAUGUCCACGAGACUAGCUAAGAAGGAGCAAGAACUAGAUUCGAGAACUCAAGAAAAAGAAGAUAUGGAAGCGAAUUUAGCAAGGAUCAAAGAGCGUCUUGAAAAGGAGACGUCGAUGCACAUAGAGACGAAACAAAAAAUUUCUGAAUUACAAGAUAACCUUGAGACGUUGUCGCGACAAAUUAACAAUGAGAAAUCUGAACGGAAACGUCUAGAACAACUAGUAGCUUCAGGAAGUUUGCCAGAUGACGCAAAAGCCACUUUAAAAAUUGUGGAAGAUGAAGUACUCGAAACGGUUGAGACCAAACCCACCCCACCACCACCGCCACCACCUCCAUUAGCACCUCCGCCACCUCCUUGUUUAAUGCCAGCUGCUCCUCCGCCUAUGAAGAUGGAGAUAAUAAAGAACGUUCCACAGCCGAGUAAUCCUUUGAAAUCGUUCAACUGGUCCAAAAUACCUGAGCAGAAGUUGCAGGGUACGAUAUGGUCAGAGUUGGACGACACAAAGCUCUACAAUGUAAUGGAUCUCGAAUCAAUUGACAAAAUCUUUUGCGCUUAUCAAAAGAAUGGCGUUUCUACGGAAGGCUCGAUAGAAGAUUUAAGGACAUUAGGAAAGAAUAAAAAAACAAUGUCGGUAAUCGAUUCGAGAAGAGCGCAAAAUUGCACCAUACUAUUGUCGAAAUUAAAGAUGUCCGAUAAUGAGAUUACCAGAACGAUAUUGUCGAUGGAUCAGCAGAAUAUUUUGCACAUCGAUAUGGUGGAACAAUUAUUAAAGUACAUACCAUCUUCGGAAGAAGCUGCCUCGUUAGAUAUCCAUCAAAAGGAAUUGCAAAACAGAGCUGACUGUUUCUUGUAUCAGAUAUCCAAGGUGCCACAUUAUGAACAGAGAUUGCGUUCUCUUCAUUACAAAAAGAAAUUUGCAGCUAGCAUUGCGGAACUGACGCCGAGAAUGCGGGCAGUUUUAGAAGCGAGCCGACAAGUAACUAGAUCAAGGAGACUCAGAAAACUUUUGGAAUUAGUUUUAGCAUUGGGAAAUUACGUGAAUCGCGGAAACGCGCGAGGUAACGCGUGCGGCUUCCGAUUAGCCUCUUUGAAUCGUCUAGUCGACACCAAGUCUUCUUGCUCCAAGGGUACAACUUUACUGCAUUAUCUUGUGCAAAUUCUCGAAGCCAGAUUCAGGGAGGUUCUAGAAAUCGAAGAGGAUAUGCCACAUGUUAGAACAGCUGCCAAAGUUAGUAUGGCCGAUUUGCAAAGAGAAGUGGCCAACUUGAAAAAUGGAUUGCAGGAUGUUCAAAGAGAAAUAGAAUUUCAUCGAGGUCAAUCUCAGGUGCUUCAGGGUGAUAUGUUUUUACCGGCGAUGAGGGACUUCCAGGCACAAGCCACAUGUAGAUUAGCAGAAGCGGAGGACUUGUUCCAAGACAUGAAAACUAGAUUUGAUCGAGCAGUGAGACUAUUCGGCGAAGAUUCGGCUGGCGUUCAACCAGAUGAAUUCUUUGGCAUUUUUGAAAAUUUUUUACAAGCCCUAGCUGAAGCGAGACAAGAUGUAGAAAAUAUGAGAAAGAAAGUCGAAGAAGAGGAACGUAGAGCGAAACAAGAACAAGAACUCCGAAAAAGAACGAUAGAAAGGAAGAACUCGCGAGAGGGUAUAUUAAACAGCAUAUCGUUAAAUAAGAAGAAUGAAACAAACAGUAACGGUCAGCAGAAUGAUAACAAAGGCGAAUUCGACGACUUGAUAUCUGCUCUUCGAACUGGUGAUGUGUUCGGCGAGGAUAUCGCUAAAUUCAAAACAAGGUCGAAACGACGACCCGUUACCCCGAGCGGUCAAGAGUCACGUAGGCAUAGCACUCACAAAGAAGAUUCCCGAGAACGUCAUUAGAACCCCGAUGGAUCUGCCAAGCUUGAAUGGUAGAUCCAUUCGUUUAUCGAUAUAAGUUUUUUACGUACAAAAAAAUUUAUUUAUUAAAAAUUAAUCGUCUUUAAAUGCAUAUUAUAGAUCAAAUCUAAUAACAAAUACAGAUAACAUUCCAUAAAAUUAUUUAUAAACGUUUUGUAUUGAUGAUUCAACAUUACACACGAAAAUCAUAUUAAUUUUUAAUAGUACAUCUUCAUACAUAUUAACAAAUGAGAUAUGAAAUGUUCUUUUGAAUUCAAUUCGAAAAAGUAGAUAGAAAUUUAUUGUCUUUAAGCAGUUUCAAACUUUUUACAAAAUUUCACAUAUUUAUACUUAUAUCAAAUAUAAAUGCGAAACUUUGCGUAUAAAAAUUUUUUAUGACAAAUUGAGCUUUGUUGUGACACACUUUCUCACAAAAAUUUAAGUUUAAAUACUAUUUAUGUUACGUCAUUCUUUAUAAAAAUUUUUUUAACUAUAUUAUCUACAGAAAUUUUACAGUAAACCAAAAGAAAUUUUAGAUUAUUUAUAUAUAGUUUCAACGAAAUUUCGUACAAAAAGCUGAUCGCUUUGAAAAAGUUAAUUAACUGUAGAAUUAAUAUUAACAUUUCUGAAAUAAGUUUUUACCGUGAUACGAUUGCUUGAAUACAAUUCUCUGAAUGAUAAAUUUUAUUAAUAUGGUAUACUAAGUAUUAAUAUCAUUAACGUUACAGGUGCUACAUUUUGCAACGUAUAAUUUAAUACAUUCAUAAUUUAAUGCUUGCAUAAUUUAGUACAGAUAACUAGAUAUAAUUUUAAAUUUAAAAAGUUAACCUUUUUUUCAAGAAAAAGAAAAAUGUAGCAAGUCAUUUUUCAUAAAAUUUAUUAUAUAUUUCAAUUAUGUGUCAAUCUUUUUCAAUGAAGAAUAUCUACAAAAUUGCAAUAAAUUAAACACAGCGUAACGUAUGAAACAAUUGUCAAACAAUUGUUACAAUUUUUAUCAUAAAAUAUGAAAUAAUGAGUUUUAAACUGUAAAAUAAUUAACUUUCCUUUCUAAAAGGUAUGUUAAACUUCCAACAUUUUUAAAUUUAAUAUAUCACUAUCCAAAUUGAUAUACAUAUGCUCUGUCCUACGAAUUAGACGAAAAUUCAUCAUCCAUUUCGUACAGAGAGAGAGAGAGAGAGAGAGAGAGAGAGAGAGAAAGAGAAAGAGAGAGAAAGAGAGAGACCUUCGCUCAGAAUACUUAAAAACCCUUUCCUCGCCCCCCUUUUUCACGGUUAUACUGUUCAUGCAGCUUAAUACUAACCGGUGACAUCAGAGCAUGCAACGCUCUUCCCAUUUUACCUGCUACAUUGUUUAUACAUGACAUUGUUUCGAAUAGACAAAAUGUAAAAAUGUGUAGUCACCAACAGAAAGAUUGCAACACUUUUUUUCGAUUGGUUUGGCCAUACAGUGUGCUCAUCGAGCAAUUGCUUCUUACUUACGAAUCUAACUAUUUACGUUCAAUCGCUCUACUUGCUUUAAUACGAACCAUGGCAGUUCCGAAACCCAUCGAAAAAAAAGGUUGCGCAACCCCUUCUACUGGCAACUAUACAUUUCGAUUCACAAACAGAGCAAUUUUAGAUAAAUGCAAAGUUAAAUUUAUUAUUUAAUAUUAUUUUUAUUCAAAUAAAUAUACUCUUGAACAUAUAACUUGAGCAACCAUUCAUGCGCACAAAGCGUUCUUAAUUAAUAUAAAACUUUAUUACUUUAUCUACUUCAUCAAUUAAAAUUGAGUACAAUUAAGCACAUUAACUGAGCGAGACAAGGCAUUCAUAAAAUUCCAUAUCAAACUCUGUUAUGUCAAAAUCAAAGUAAUGUAACGUAAAUCAUCUAUACAAUAUAAAUAUAUUUAAAAAUAUAUUUAUUAUUCAAACAUUAAUGACAAUUCUGAAUACAUCUCUUUAAUUAUGUCUCAUCAAAUAACUUUGCCUUGAGCAAAUGUGAUAAGAAUUUUAUCAACAUCAUAUGGUAUCUAAUAAAAUAUAGAUAUAAAUGAUAUUGAGAAUAAUUUUUCAACCAAUUUUCAAAAAGAAUGAUUUUUCAAUCAAUAAAAUAAUAAACACUUAAAAGGCCUAGACAAGCAGUAACUGCUAGGUAACUGCAUCCAAUAAUCCAAAAGUCUGAUUUUCUAAUUUAAUGAAACCAUACGAGUCGAAUACAAUUUAGACAAUUAGAAAACUGUAUUACGCUAGCUUUGUGCCGUUAAGGCUAGAGUUUCCAAUUGUAGUUGUAGAAAUAAUAUAAAAAUACUAUUAUAGAGAGGAAUUUGCUGUAUAGUAGUUGAUGUUUUGUAAACUUUUGUACUUUUGUAAAUACUAAAUAUUGUAUUAAAUAUUGAUGUUUUUGUUCCUCCUGGAACAUAGCUACGUUGGAGCAAUCAAUGUUCAAUUAAUAUAUUGCAUCACACAAUAUUGAUAUCACACGUAUACAUGUAUAUUAAUAUAUAAAAAAAUAUCAAAUAAAUGUAAAAUCUUCAUGAUUUUGAGCAAUA